AUGAAGUUCACCGGAAAAUCUGAUUCGACGGCUACAUUACGCGCCACAGUCCCAAAUCUCAGGGGUAUUCAUAGGGCUACUGUAAGAGCCCGGAAGCUGAGACCGAGCUUGACUCGUCAGCGAAGAUCCGACGUUUCCGGCAGGAGGCGGAGGAGCAAGCCAGAGACUCCUCCAUUGAAAUGGGAGGUGGAGGAUCGAAACAGAGCGGUUGAAGAUGAUGAUUGUAAUAAUCAGGUUGAUAAUUGGGCGGAGAUAUUCAGCCAGGAACGAAGGAGAAGUGGACUACCGGAAACUGUAAGGAAACUUGCCGCCGGAGUGUGGCGGUUGCAAGUGUCCGAUGCGGUUUAUAGCGGCGGAGAUAAGAGGCGCAGAGAUGAGUUAGGGUUUCAGGGAAGUGUUGUUGGUCCUGCUACUGGACAUUUGGGUUCUCUUUUCAAUCAUCACCAUGAUGACAAUAAUUUUGGCAUUCAAAGCAACCGUUUAAGAAACAAUCAUAGUUGUGUUGCUGCAACAAAAAGUGGAUUCUUGCUUAAGCAUGAUCCUUCAAUUCCAUUUCCUCAUUGUGCGAUGGAGGGGGCAACAAAAUGGGAUCCCAUCUUCUUGGACACAAGGGAUGACUACAGCAAUGUGAAGCUGAGUGAUCAACAAGUGAAUGCUGCAUCAUUGGCUUCUUCUAUUGAGUUGAAACUGAAGGAAGCUCGAGCUCACAUUGAGGAUCUUGAGGGUGAGAAGCGAUCUCAGAGACAGAAGCUAGAGCAGUUCUUGAGGAAAGUUAGCGAGGAGAGGGCGGCUUGGCGGAGCAGGGAGCAUGAGAAGGUCCGAGCAAUCAUGGAUGACAUGAAAGCUGAGAUGAACAGUGAAAAGAAAACUCGUCAAAGAUUAGAAAUCGUCAAUCUAAAGUUAGUCAAUGAGCUUGCAGAUUCAAAGUUGGCUGUAAAGCGUUACAUGCAUGAUUACCAAAAGGAAAGGAAGGCAAGAGAAUUAAUCGAAGAAGUUUGCGAUGAACUCGCCAAGGAAAUAGAGGAAGAUAAAGCUGAGAUUGAAGCAUUGAAGGGUGAAUCCAUGAAUAUCAGAGAGGAAGUAGACGACGAAAGGAGAAUGCUGCAGAUGGCUGAGGUUUGGCGCGAGGAACGUGUCCAGAUGAAGCUUAUUGAUGCCAAAGUAACACUCGAGGACAAGUAUUCACAAAUGAACAAGCUUGUAGAAGAUUUGGAAGCCUUCCUCAAAUCAAGAAAUGCAACUACAGGUGUGAAAGAGAUGAGAGGCGCGGAACUGUUAAGAGAAACUGCUGCAUCAAUUAAGAAUGUCCAAGAAAUCAAGGAAUUUACAUAUGAACCCGCAAAACCGGAUGAUAUCUUUAUGUUAUUUGAAGAAAUGAACUUAGGUGAAGCCCAGGAUAGAGAAACCGAGCAAUGCGUUGCCUACAGUCCGGUCAGCAACAUUUCAAAAGGUCACAGGGUAAGUUCAGAUGUCAAUGUGAUUAACAAAGGGAGACACUCGAAUGCUUUCACUGAUCAGAAUGGUGAAUUUGAAGAAGAUGACAGUGGCUGGGAAACUGUGAGCCAUUCCGAAGAACACGGAUCCAGUUACUCUCCAGAUGAGAGCAUCCCUUGUAGUAGCAACAAUCAUCACCGUGACAGGAAUGUAUCCAUGAAGGGGACAGAGUUUCAAAAGACUCCAUUGAGAGAAAUAAAAGAAGUGUGCUCGGUUCCAAGAAGACAAUCCAAAAAGGUAUCGUCAAUGGCAAAACUCUGGAAUUCAUUAGAAGGUAUCAAUGGAAGGGGUUCAAACGUGAGAAAAUCAACCGUGGGGAUGGUUUCACCAGAGAGAGACGCAAGCAAAGGCGGAUUCAGCACGUUGGACUUGGUGGGGCAAUGGAGCACAUCACCGGACUCGGCUAAUGCUAAUGUAAACCGAGGAGGGAUGAAAGGGUGCAUAGAGUGGCCUAGAGGUGCACAUAAGAACAGCUUGAAGACAAAGCUCAUAGAAGCACAAAUAGAGAGCCAAAAGGUUCAGCUGAAGCAUGUCCUUGAGCAUAAGAUCUAG